AUGAUCCCUAGAGAGGGGCGGCCACAGCGGCCCGUAGCUGGCAAGUUCCAUCUACCCAAGCUUGUAUCCCUCGUUUUAAUCCUCUUGCUCGUUCUAGCCGUUUCAGAAGCAACGCGCGCAGGCCGAGUCUUGACGGGGAAGGGACUGGAACGAGGGGAUGGGACUGGUGGGUCGUCGUUGCGUAUCCUGGACGAGGUGGUUGCAGUGAAGGGUGUUCCAGAUCUUGUAACGGUGCUUAAUGAUAAGGGGGAUGAUGAAAAAGAGAAGAAAAAGAAAGAGGAGGAGAAAAAGAAGGAGAAGGAGAAGGAGAAGGAGAAGGAGAAGAAGGAUAAGGAGGAGAAGGAUAAGAAAGAAAAGGAGAAAAAGGACAAGGAGAAAAAGGACAAGGAGAAAAAGGACAAGGAGAAAAAAGACAAGGAGAAUAAGGACAAGGAGAGUAAGAGCAGUGACAAAACGGGCGCUGUUGAUACGGACGCUGCUAAACAGGUACCUGCUAAAGGGGACGCUGUUAAGGGGGAUGCUGCCAAGGGGGGCGCGGUCGAAGGCGAUACUACCGGAGAUCCCAAGGCCGGCUCAACGGGACCGGAGGAGCAAGGUGCCGGCAAGUCGCCACCUGCCGACGAGAAGUCAGGGAACGGCAAGGGGACUGAAGUUUCGCAGCCUCUUUCGCCAAAAGAGUCGCCCGGCGAAUCGCCAGAAUCGCCUUCCAGCAACCAAUCGCAAGAGUCGAAGGAGUCGCAGAAAUCGCAGGGAAGCUCGGAAAAGCCUGCGGCAACGCCCGAAAAACCGCCUGCCGGGGGCGAUUCUGAGCCGAAAACGGCGCCAGAACCUGCGGCGGAACCCGCGCCUAAAUCGGCUCCGGAACCUGCGGCGGAACCACCGCCGGAAUCUGAGCCAGAACCAAUCCCAGCCGUAGAUGGAAAUUCCAAUCUGAGUACAGAUGGCGGCGAUGGCGGGGGUGCAGGAGAGGGUUCAAGGGACAACAGCAACGAAGCUUCGUCGAAUGACCAGGGGCCGAGUCAGUCAAGCGAUGACGGAUCGACGGGAGACAAGGGCGUGCAGGAGUGGAACGGAGGGUCGAAUGAUGACGGAAAUUCUGACGGAAAAGUUGACGGUGGCGAUGACGGGGGGCAAGGGAAGGGCGAGACGGAAACCGCUGGGUUCAGGAUGAAAGACGUGAAGCGCGCCAAUUCCGUGAAGCCCCAGAAGAUCGACGGCUGGUUCGCCAUCCACGAUGGCUACAGUGGCGAAGCUUCGGCGCUUAAGGCGGCUGACGUCAUCUUCUAUGGCGACUCGCUCAUAGAGGGCUGGAGUGAGAAGUUUCUGGGAAGGCAGCUGGGACUGUACGUUGGUGUCAGCGCCGUGUUCGAUGCUCUCAAGGCGUCACUCGGUGCGGGGAGGGAGGUGCGGGCGUUUGGAAUUGCUGGCGACACAACGGACGACCUUAUGUGGAGGUUGGAGAACGGCGAGCGCCCAUCCGCUCUCAGCCUCACUCUGGCAGUGGUCUGCGUGGGUAUAAACGACGUUUUCGAGUCUGUUACUAACGGAGGCGUGGAUGCCCAGGCGAUUGCGAAUAAGAUUGGCGAUGUGGUAACCGCAAUUCGCGCGUCACAACCCACCACGAAAGUGCUCGUCCUUGGGCUGUUACCCGAGGGGUACCUCUCCAAGUCAACACAACCAGACCCCCAGCCAGGGCAAGUCAACGCCGUUCUCGCACAGUCAAUUCCAGAUGGCACUAGCACCUACUUUUUGGACUGUAACGAUGCGUUCCUUAAUGAGGAUGGCCUUCUGCUUGAGGACCAUUACAUCAGUGAUUCCUUCCAGCGGUUACACCUGUCAGCAGCAGGCUACGACGCAUGGGCCAGGUGCAUCGCCCCGCAAGCACAGGCCAUCCUCGGAGCGACGGCAGCACUCCUCUCAAUACUCCUCUCUGCGCUCCAUGCCUUCUCAUCUCAUUGCUCCACCCAUUUCUCGUUUCCUGCUCCUCCCUACCACCCCCCCAGGGAGAAGCCUGUGGGUCUGCCUGUCGCAGCAUCUCCAGAACCAGGCACUGCCAGCAGCCCCAACGGCUCUCCUGGUGACUCUCCUACUCCUUCACCCCCUCCCUCCCCUUCUCCCUCAUCUCCCUCAUCUCCCUCCCCCCCUCCUCUCCCUCCUCUCCCUCCUCGCCUUCAUCACCUUCCUCCCCCUCCUCUCCCUCCUCCCCCUCCUCUCCCUCCUCCCCCUCUUCUCCCUCACCUUCUGACUCCUCACCUCCCUCUGCGUCUUCACCUCCCUCAUCCCCUUCCCCUUCUCCUUCCUCUCCCUCCACUUCACCCUCUUCUCCCUCUCCUCCCACCACCAACACCUCCUCCCCGGACCCUGCUUCCCCACCCAAAUCUCUAG